AGAUUGAGCAAGUCACAUUUCUUCAUUUCCAUUUCUUCAUUUCGUCUUCACCCUCAUUUCCGUAAGAGAGAGAGAGAGAGAGAGAGAGAGGGAGGGAGAGAGAAGCAAUUUUCGAGCUUGGAUCGCGAUUGGUUCGGGUUUUAAGGUGAAUUUGGGGAAAGAUCCAAGAUUUGCUUCCUACGGAAGCUAACUCGAAACGAUCGCUUAGUGAAAAUGCCACCAAGACGAAAUGUACCCGCUAGACCUGGCGAUGACAUUACAGCAAUGGAUCGAAUGGCGUUGGCGAUGGAACAGAUGGCUGAGUUUAUGAUAGCUCAGCAGGCCCAGAAUCACAACCAGGAACACCCUCGGGUCGACUUUGCUAAAGCCAUAGCAAGCAGACAGCCACCGUAUUAUGCGGGAGAAGAAGAUCCAGUUGUCUUGGAAGAAUGGAUACGGACAUUUGAUAAACUGCUUAACGCAGUAAAUUGCCCGGCAAAUCAACGAGUAUCUUCUGCGGUUUAUUACUUGACAAAAGCCGCAGAUAAUUGGUGGGCAGCGGCUGGACCCGAACUCCUGCAAAACCUAGACUUUGGCUGGGAGGAAUUCAAGGAGGAGUUGAGGGGACAAUUUUACACGGAACGAAUUAAGGGCAUUAAGUGCGAGGAAUUCUUGCGACUGAAGCAGAAGGGAGAAACUGUCCAGAGCUACUAUGACAAGUAUGUGGAGUUAAUGAGGUUUGCUCAAGACAUUGUGCCAGAUGAGGCGAGCAAAGCAAGACGGUUUGUACGGGGACUGGACUGGGACGUGAGAAGGGCAAUUGCACCAUUCAUGUGCUCUACUCUCAAGGAGGCAUAUGAUCGGACCUCGGAUCAGUAUCAGGUGUAUCUGGACCAGCAAGAAGUUUACGGCAAGAACAAAAGAAAAGCUGAUGAUAGACAGAGGAGAUUCAAGGCGAAUGAUGGGGAGUCUAACCAAGGAGGAUUUCAACAGAGACAAGGAGAGAGGAGGGGAGGAACAGACCAAAGGAAACAGCUGGGUUGCCGCCGGUGUGGAAAGUACCAUCCGGGAGAAAAUUGCCAAGGGAUUAGAAUAAGGUGCUUCAGGUGUGGUCUCUUGGGACACAAAAUCAAUGAGUGCCAAACCAGGGUGGAAAACUUCCGAAACCCUUUGCAGAAUACCAGGCAAGAAGGAGGAUUCAAUGGGACCAACGGACGUAGACCCGCGGAAGCAGUAAACAGGGCAGUUAAUUCUCAACAAGUAAACCGGGGCAGGCCAACGAAUGUGGCUACAGGUCCUAAUGACAAAGGGAAGUUGCCAAUGGGAGAAAGCAGUACAAGGAACCAGGGCCGAAUCUACGUCGUUAAUAGCGCUCAGGCACAGGCUAGCGACGUCGUAACCGGUACAUUUCUUAUAAACCCAGUGUUUGGUUCAGUAUUAUUUGAUACGGGAGCCCCAAUUCGUUUAUAUUAUUUGCGGUUGCGGAUAGAUUGAAGUUAGGGCCUGCUAUUGAGUUCAGACUUGAAUGUAAGAACUACCUCGGGAAUAGUAGUAGUCUUUUGACGCCAUAGAUUUUAAGAAGUAAGUUUCGAGGACGAAACUCUUUUUAAGGGGGGUAGAGUGUAAUACCCCGUAUUUUAUUAACAUUAUUAUUUUAUCCUAAGGUAUUGACAUACAUGAGUUAUG